AUGCCAUCCUCACCCCAACCUGCGAGCUUCACGCAAAUGGCCGACGCCGACCUCGAAUCCAUAGGCCGCAACUGCCAAUUCGAAUACUGCCGCCAACUCGACUUUCUACCGUUCCGCUGCGAAUCAUGCCGCGGCACGUUUUGUUCUGAUCAUCGCACCGAAACAGCACACAAAUGCACACACCCCGGAGAAUGGGCGCGACGCAAACGCGAACUCAAUCAAACACCGGAACGGUCGGUUGGUGGUGCUGGUCGUACAGUGAAAUCGACGGUGUAUAAUUCAGAUCAGUGCGCGCAUCCGCAGUGCAAGACGCUAGUUAAUACGCCUACGAGCGUGGGCGUACACUGCGACAAAUGUCGUCGGAAUUAUUGCCUGCAGCAUCGACUACGCGAAGGCCAUGAUUGUGCGAACUUGAUACCUCUCGGCGCGAGGGCGGGGACUGCCAAGGAUAAUGGGGCUACGAUACGAUCUAUGUUCUCGAAAUUGCGUGGUUUGGGGAACAAUAUACAACCCCCUAAGACACCGAAAAUAAGUUUACCGGCUAGUAUUCAGUCGAGAAGGACGACAGGAGCAAGCGCAAUUACACAAUUCAAUGAAAUCAAACGAACCGCCAAGGGUGAAGCGUCCGUUCCAAUGGAUAAGAGGAUAUAUCUGCAUGUCGUCGGUACAACGGAUAAGCCAACCGCAAACGAUGAACCACCGUCUGGAAACUUCUGGUUUGAUAAUCGCUGGAAGGUCGGACGGGUCCUUGACGAUGCGGCUCGCAAACUCAAAGUCGAGAAUCUAAACAAUCGUGUCGGUGGGGAGGAAGCAAAGCUAAGAAUCUUUCAUGUUGAGUCGGGUGAGUUUUUGGAGUUUUCGGCGGCGAUUGGUGGGGAGGGCAGUAAGGUCAAGUCGGGGCAUACGAUUGUUAUGUUGAGAGGGGCUGGAGUGUUGUUGGAUAAAUGA